GCUGGUGUGGGAGAAGAGUGGGAUAGAGAGAGAGGAACUGAGAGAACGAAAGAGUGUCUGUGAGACAGAGCGAGAAGGGGAGCCAACUGUGCAGGAAAACAAAUUCUCCAAACGCCCCCAUUUGCCAGUUUGCUAACUCUCUGAGAUUGAUGCUUUAGGGAUUGAACUCUGACCAGAAGGACUUUUAUAUCAGGUAACCAUUGAGUUUCUGUGGAAAUCUCCAAGGGAACAGGGCUUGGCUGUGUUUACUGCCAGACAUUAGUUGCUGGACUCUGACCAGGGUGUGUUAUUACCUGUACAGCCCAGAACACUGAAGUACAUCACUGAAAGGCUCGGGAACCGGAGGCAGGAACCGGUGCUCAGUCAGCGGGGAGACAAGACGCCCAGAACACUGAAGCAACAUCACUGAGAGGCUCGAGAACCAGAGGCAGGAACCGGAGCUCAGUCAGCGGGGAGAAAAGAAGGAUGGGAGGAUCCAGUUCUAAAGCAGCCCCUGUACAGAGCAGUAGAGGGCAAAGCAGCCAGGCCUCAGCUUGUCUCAAUGCAGCGUCUGUGGAACGGGACAGAAAUCGGUCAACAGAGGACGCUACCCGUUAUGUUAACCGGCAAAAAGAUGACGACAAAAUUGCAAUCAGACAAAUUCUGAAAAGUUACAGCGACUCUGAGCUGCACAUGGUGACUGUGUUCUACAGACAGAGACUUGAAGUGAUGGAUGAUCUGGUGGAGGACUUGACAUUGAUGCUGGAGAAACUACUGAGAGGCAGACAGUUUGCACACAUAAGAAACCUGGCAAACAGGAAGCAGAGACAGGAAGCAUCGAGAUAUCUUCUGGAUUUAGUGACUGGAGCGAGAAGCCGAGUGCAGAGAGGAAUGUGGGACGCUUUGUUGAAAAUAGAGGAAAAUACACCACAGCUGAAGGCAAUCCUGAGAGAGAUCCAGGAAAAUGGUAACAGACUUCCCACUGAGGUAUUUCGGAGCUGGUGUGAAGAGAACGUGCCAGAAGAGCUUAGAGACGUUCAGAAACAGCACAAAGAAACCCUCCGCGCCCAGAAUGAGAAGCUGUCAGUAAACACCCUGGGAGGACGGGAGAAGACCAAGACAUUUCUGCUGUCUGACCGCUACACAGAAUUAAUAGUCACUUCAUUUCCCCGUGAGCGGAGGCUGGUGGAGCAUGAACUGGUUGCGAGAGGCAGAGAACAUGAGGAGUGGCAAGAGAAGAAUGUCAGGAAGGAGCUGAAGAAAAUACAACCGGAUGAGCUGUUCGGAACUACAUUCGGAACAACCAUCCUGAGUGGAAUCGCAGGGAUUGGGAAAACCACCAUGGUGCAGAACAUUCUGUAUGGCUGGGCCACAGGGAAGAUCUAUCCACAGUUACACUUUGUCUUUCAUUUCAAAUUCCGUGACCUGAAUGUAAUAAAAGGGGAGUCCAGCCUGAAAACUAUGGUCCUGGAAUCAUAUCCUUAUCUUCAGGAUGUUCUGGACAAGAUCUGGGAGAAGCCGGAACAUUUGCUGUUUGUGUUUGAUGGUUUGGACGAGUUCAAGGGCAGGAUUAAGUUCACAGACAGUGAAAGAAACACAGUACCUCGGGUCAGCUGCCCGGGGCCGGAAGGCCUCUGUACCGUGGCUGACAUUGUGCGCUCUCUGGUGCAGCAGGAAGUACUGAAAGGCUGUUCAGUGCUGAUCACAAGCCGCCCAACUGCUCUGGAGUCUUUAGAUCACAUCCACACCAACCUCUGGGCGGAAAUCCUGGGAUUCUUCGCUGAGGGAAGGGAAGAUUACAUCAGACGCUUCUUUCCAGAUGAGAAGAUUGCAGCUGAAGUGCUGAGAUAUGUGAAGGAAAAUGACAUCCUCUACACCAUGUGCUUCAACCCUUCCUACUGCUGGAUCCUCUGCUGCACAUUGGAGCCAAUCUUCAAACAUCCAGAGCACAAACAGCCUCCCCCAAAACCAUCACACAGCUGUACUCCAGUUACAUUUACAACAUCCUGAAGAACCAUCCCCGAGCUACUGAGAGCCCUCGGGAGGUGAUGCUGAGAGCCGGGGAGAUGGCCUAUGAGGGGGUCUGUAACAGGACCAUUGUGUUCGAUGAUGACCAUUUCUCUCACCAUCAGCUUGAACCCUCAACCUUCAUCUCAGGGUUUAUGAUGGAGAUUCUGGAGAAGGAUGAUGGUGGGAGACGAGUUGUGUACACAUUCCCUCACCUCACCGUCCAGGAGUUUGUGGCUGCUCUCGCUCAGUACC